AUGUCGGGCCCUACGAGUUCGCCACUCGAUUCUACAGAAUACCAGAUCUCACCACCCGGUUCUUUCCCAUCAGACGAUAUCACAAGACUGGCAGAUCAGAAUGUCCCUUUGGUCGGAAAGCCAGCAUCAAGCGUACGAGCUCCCAGGCCAGCAGGUUUGACCUGGACACAGCUUCAAAACGUGGAGAAAGAUACAUCCGGAGAGCAUGCAAUCGCAACAAGAUCUGCUACCUCUCAUAGUGGUCCCGUAUCACCAAUUUCACCAAUCAGUUCCUCAGAAGCACUCCAAACCCCAAAUCUCGAUCGGUCAAAGAACAACCCAUACAGGACUUGUUCGUCCCCAGGAUCCUCCUCACAGGUCCCACCACGUCUUCACUCCCCAGCUUCUCAAAUAUUCGAGCGCAGCGUACAAGAGGAUAUCAUCCCCACCCAAGCAUCUCCAUCGAUACCCGCGCAUAUUCGCACAGAGAACUAUAUCCCGCCCGUUUUGGAAGCAUCCUCUGCUGCAAUCACCGAUGAACAAUUAGAUCCUGACUCUGUUGAGAUCGUAACCCAUAGCCUACACCAGCCCGCCACGGGUAUCGCCAAUUCCUCAACAGCGGAGCAGUCCCUGUCAUCCUCCGGCAUGAUCGAUCACGCCGGUUUACACUCCGAUGCGGAUGAAAUGUCUUCCUCGUACGGUGCGUUGGAUACAGAUGUACGACGUCUAAGCUUCAUAUCGUUUGCAGACGUAGUCAAUGCCGAACACGCUGCCGAGCACGCCGAGAGCGAAUCUGUGUACAGCCGAGACCCUUCCCAGGGCACUGGGAAUCCCAUAACUGUAGGGUCUCUGAAUCGAUCUCCAUCACCACUGCGCUCACCUGCUUCUUCCCAUGGACUGGGUACAUCACCUCCCACCAGCAUCGAAGCUUCAUUUAUUAAAGGCCUCGACAUGUCCCCAAGUCAUCACGCGGUGCGUCGGCCCGGAAGCCCACUGCCGCUGGCUCAGAGCCCCGUGUCUUCUAGUUUCGGUGGGGAGCUGAAUGUGGAAACGAUGAGUCAGGCGUUAAGAAGAACGGGCAGUGGAGAUCUGGGAGGCGUGAUUAGCCAUACUACUAGUGCUGUUGGAGUUGACGAGACUCUUGAUCGUUCAACCGGAGCUGGAGGCUGA